AUGUCCGAUCAAUUUGCAGAGCUGAAAACAAUCUUGUACACUUCAUCAAACUCAAAUUCAACUUCUGCGCCCCUUGCGACGGAUGUUCAGAUGGAUGUUGCUUCUGAUAACUCUGAUGCCUCAUCCAGUGACUCUGAUUUCACUUUUCCAGCUCCUGCCCUUACCUCGGUUGACUUCUCUUCCCCAGAUCCUAAUGCUUUCCAGCUGAUAGUUCAGGAUCUUUCAACAACAGAAAUUCCAGGUUCUGAGAACCGGAACAGUGAUAAGGAUGGUGCAUUUGAUGACUACUUCUGA